GCUUUUUGCUUCUUUCACACGAUUUGUGGGUCUUUGUUAAUCUAACUUGCCUUCUCCUCUUGCUUUGAUUCAAGUUAUUCGUUUCCCUAUUAAUUUUUACUAUUUUAUCGAUGUUUGAUUCUCUUCAUCAUCAUUGAGGAGUUUGGUUUAGAGCCAUUGGGAUUUGGAGUUUCAUGGGAUGGGGUUUGUGAAGCUAGGAAAUAUGCUGCUGAUAACACAACUCUGUAUCAUUGGCUUUGCAUUUGUUGCUGAAGUGUCUUCAGGGUCAGAUAUACAUUCUCCGCCAGCAUUACUACCCCUCUUAUCUACCCCAGUGCCUGAGAUAAACAAAGGAAAUAGACACUCAAUGACACCAAGUUCUUCAAUAGAAUCACCACUUUACAGUACAGCUCCUCCACCAUCAAUUGAGGAAGGGCAUGUUGCAUCCUCAUCCCUGAUUCCUCCAAGAUUACCAUUGCCACUGGAUACAGCUCCUCCACCCAUACUUAUUCAAGAACAUGCUCCAUCCAUAUUACCAAGUGCUUCUCAGAUGAAGGAACCGAUUAGUAAAUCACCUGCAGGUGCUCCAGUUCCAAUCUCAACACCUCAGAUGAAUUCACCAGUAAAUGCACCAGCGAUUCACUCCAACAGAACAAGUGCUUUUCAACGUAGUCCUAAUCAAACAAAUGAUAUGGCUCCUAUUUUGCAGCCAACUGCUCCAGCUCCAACUUCAACACCUUUGAGGAGUUCAUCACACAUUCCCUCCAGCAUGCCAAGUGCCAAUCAAAGAAAUGUAUCAAAUAAUAAGGCUCCUAUUCCAGAGCCAAUUGCUCCAGUUGCGUCUCCACCGACGAAAUUAGAAAGCUCCCAACCAACAGCCCAUCCAGUGGCGCCAGGAAAUCCGCCUUCCAAAUUACCUGAUAUUAUUGUUUCUCCUGCACCAACUCCACCCCAGAUCAUCAACUGGGAGGAUCAUGGGAUACCAGUUGCCUCACCCGCAGCUGAAACUCCUAAACCAUUGCCACAUGUGGACCAUUCUCCAGAACCGGGUUCUUUCUCUGCUGAUGAUCCUUCUACACCCAAAUCAAGGAGACACCCUUAUAAAGUUCCUGUUUCAUCACUUUCAUCUCCUAAGCCUUCUCCAAGUAAUGGGCAUCAUCCUCCUGCAUUUUCACCAUCAACAUCAUUUCAUAAGCAUCGACAUAGAAGGAACAAACUUGCCAGUGCUGCUCCUGUAUAUCUGAUAUCACCUCCUUUAGGACAACAAGGUCCGGUCACAUCUCCAGAAAUUCCAAGGAAAAGGCAAAGACACCAUGCUAGUCCACCCCUUAACCCUGGUCCUUCAUUUUUCCCACUCCAUGUUCCUUUAUCAACCAGCCGUUUGUCACCUGCCCCUUCACCAUCUCCAGUGACCCCGUCUGGCCAGAAGACAAAGCCCCAUGUCUCCCCAAAAGUUUCUCCCCCUGCAUCACGGACUUCAAAGAUGCCACUCUUGCCACCAAUGCCAUUCUUUCCACCUCCACCCCCUAAUGAAGAUUGUUCAACAACUGUUUGUACACAGCCAUAUACAAAUAAACUUCCUGGGUCACCAUGUGGCUGUGUUUUGCCAAUUCAAGUAGGGCUAAGCCUUAGUGUUGCAUUGUAUACUUUUUUCCCUUUGGUUUCUGAGCUGGCAGUAGAAAUUGCUGUUGGGAUUUUCAUGAAACAAAGUCAAGUUCGAAUUAUGGGGGCCAAUGCUGCUAGCGAGCAACCAGAGAAGACAGUUGUCCUCGUUGACUUGGUACCCCUUGGCCAGAAGUUUGAUAAUACCACAGCCUUCUUGAGCUACCAAAGAUUUUGGCAUAAACAAGUUGCUAUAGAUCCUUCAUUUUUUGGCGAUUAUGAAGUACUAUAUGUGCGGUACCCAGGUUUACCGGCCUCUCCACCUUUGCCACCUUCAAGCAUUGGUAUGAUUGAUGAUGGCCCAUUCUCCGCUAAUGACAACAAUGCAAGGGCAAUAAAGCCGUUGGGGGUUGAUGUGGGGAGGAAGCCGAGUAAAAAUGGCCUCAACAGUGGCAUGAUUGCUAUAAUUAUUCUGUCAGCCUCUGUUGCUGUGGUACUAUGCUUUGCCUUCGUGUGGGUUUUCCUAUUGAAACAUAGGGAUAACGCAGGUCAACAAGCACCAACUCCAUGGCCUUCGCUACCAACACUUGCAAAACCAUCAGGUUCUGUUAGAUCAAGAGUUGGAAGCGGUCUAAGUUCUGCUUCUCUAUCAUUUGGUUCCAGCAUUGUAGCUUAUGCUGGAUCUGCUAAAACCUUUAGUGCAAGUGACAUGGAGACAGCCACUGAUAAUUUUGACACUGCAAAAAUACUUGGGGAAGGUGGAUUUGGUCGUGUUUAUAGUGGUGUUCUUGAAGAUGGAAUCAAAGUGGCAGUCAAAGUACUGAAGAGAGAUGAUCAACAAGGUGGACGGGAAUUCUUGGCUGAAGUUGAGAUGCUUAGCCGCCUUCACCACAGAAACUUGGUCAAGUUGAUUGGUAUAUGUACAGAGGAGCGGAUUCGCUGCUUGGUUUAUGAACUCAUUCCAAAUGGCAGUGUGGAAUCCCACUUACAUGGAACUGACAAGGAUUCUGCUCCACUUGACUGGGAUGCCCGAAUAAAAAUAGCAUUAGGUGCUGCUCGUGGUCUGGCUUAUCUGCAUGAAGAUUCAAGCCCACGUGUUAUACACAGGGACUUUAAGUCAAGCAACAUCUUGUUGGAAAAUGAUGUCACACCAAAAGUCUCUGACUUUGGUUUAGCACGAGCUGCCAUGGAUGAGGAAAACAGGCACAUAUCAACCCGAGUCAUGGGAACUUUUGGGUAUGUAGCUCCAGAAUAUGCAAUGACGGGUCAUCUUCUUGUGAAGAGUGAUGUUUACAGCUAUGGUGUGGUCCUUCUCGAGCUUCUAACAGGGAGAAAACCAGUAGAUAUGUCACAGCCACCUGGUCAAGAGAAUCUAGUCACAUGGGCACGUCCACUCCUCACAAACAAAGAAGGGUUGGAAACUAUCAUAGAUCCAUCUCUUGGAUCUGAUGUCCCUUUCGACAGUGUAGCCAAAGUAGCAGCAAUUGCUUCAAUGUGUGUUCAACCAGAGGUAUCAAACCGCCCUUUUAUGGGUGAGGUUGUUCAGGCUUUAAAACUGGUAUGCAACGAGUGUGAUGAAGCAAAAGAAGUAGGCUCAAGAAGUUCUAGCCGAGAUGAGUUGUCAAUUGAUUUAGAAGCUGGGGUCAGUACUGGCUCAGGACAGUUAACUGAUCUCUUACAAAGCCAUCAUUCAGGUCCCACCUAUGAUUCUGCACUUGAAAUCGAGGGAGGACUCUCGGUGUCACAGUUGUUUAGUACAUCAGCCAGGUUCGGUAGGCAGUCGCAUAGAUCAUUUAAGAGGUACUUCAGUUCAAGUCCAUUGGGAAGAAAACAGGACAAACGAUUCUGGCAAAGAAUUGAGAGAUCAUCAAGAGGCAGCAUGAGUGAACACAGUUUUAUGUUCAGAUUCUGGCCCAGAUCACAUUGAACGCUCCAUUUUUCUUUCCUUUUUGUGUACAUCAGCAUGUAUAGAAGAGGAGGUAUUGUUUCCCAUCCCCUUCACACCAACCCAUGUAUAGAAUAAUUUUCUGUUUUAUGCAUUGCAUUGUUUCUUGCCUCUAAAGCUGUAGAAUACCAGAAAGUUUUGCCUAUUUUCCAUGAGUCAUUUAUGAAACUAGCACCAACGUUCAUACACGCUGACUAAUACUACUUCACAGUCCUCACCAAAAUUCUCUCAACAUUUCGCCUGUUGUGGAGCUCAUUUUCCCCGUUCUCUACGAUCAAUCCAGAAAACCCUAAUCAAAGAGAAAGAGAGAGAUCGAUGGUGAAUUUCUCAAUUGUAACCGAAACCUUGCUUUUAAUCUCUGCGAAUUUCUGAUUUUUCUCUUUGGUGUUUUGUGUUUCCGAUUCCAAACAGGCUCCGAAAUCGAUCUCAAGUCCGGUCCCUGAUGCAUCGUACUCAACCCUAGCUGUUUUCAUGCUCACUUUUGGCCUUGUGGUCACUG